AUGCCCGCUUCUGGUGGCCUGGCCUCGCGCCGAGGUGGCGGCCAGAACAUCAAGCCGCUCUCCUUCGACAACAUGAAGUCACAGCCGGUCGCCGACAACGGUCUGCCUACCCCUCGCACCAGCCGGUCUCAUCUCCUCGCUGGCCUUCGUACCGCCCCAAAGUCCGCCACGGCGGCCACCUUCCCUGCCUCGCCCACCACUGCCGCCCCUGCUCAUCAGAUGAGGAACCGCAACACUGCUUACGGCAACAACGACAACAUGUACAAUGGCCCCAAGACCUCGAUGCCUCGGUACAACCAGCAGCAGACCUUCAACAACCCCAUGAUGGCCUACGCUCAGCAGCAGCAACAGCAACAGCAGCAGAUGCAGCAGCAGAUGCAGGCCCAGCACUACUCGGCCGACCAAGUCCUGGCCCCUCCCGAGAUCCAGCUCGAGGACCAGGCUCUUGAGGGCAUGGACCCCAACCUGUACGCCCAGCUUGUUGCCACCAACAUGUUCCUCGCCCAGCAGCAGCAGAGGCUCCAGCAGCAGCUCAUGAGCGUCCAGGCGGCUCAGCAGCAGUUCCAGACCAUGAACCUGAACAGCGCCCAGCCCAUGCAGCAGGCCUACCAGAACCUCUACCAGCAGCAGCAGCAGGUCAACAACCUCCAGUCUAUGGUGACCUCGGGCAUGUCGGCCCAGGGUGGUCUCUACUCGCUGUACGACCCCGUCACUGGUCAGCAGACCCUCUACGUCAACCAAGGCUCGGCGCCGCAGCUCAACAGCCAGUUCGUCGACCAAUACAAUCUGGCCCUGCAACAGCAGCAGCAGUCCAUGAACACUCCCCGCGUCCAGGUCUCCCCUCCUCCUGCCGAAUCUCAGCAGAACAGCUUCAGGAACCCCUCGCCCCCGCGCCGCUUCGAGUCGCCUGCAGAUCAGACCACCCCGCUGCCGCCCCCGAGCGCCAAUGCGUUCCGUCGCGGACACAAGAAGUCGUCCUCUCUGGCCAACGUCACUAACGGUGCCCUGUCGGUCUCUACCCAGGAUGCCCCCAAGUCGGCCGGUCCUAAGAGUGCCCACUUCCCUCUGGCCGGCACGUAUGGCCCCGGCCAGGGCCGCGCUGGAGAGCACCCGGUCCGCCAACCCCGUGGCCCGCCCAGCCUCGACGAGCUGCGUGCCAAGCCGACCUCGAAGCACGAGGGCAGCAAGAACUUUGCUACGCGCACUCGCCGGUCCGCCGUGCACAAUCUCAUGCGCGCCGGCAUCACUCGUCGCCAGGUGACGGGCACGGGCAGCUCUGGAAGUAUUAGCCCUAUUUCCGAGACGGCCGAGGAGAUUGCUGGCCCCUUGACGGACGACGACUCGGAUUCUGGACGCAGCGGCUCAGGCAGCCUCAAUGGUGACGAUGUCGAGUGCUCCCCGCCUAGUUCGCGGACGUCGACUGGUAGCUGGGGCGCCAUCGGCUCGGACCGGCCCAGCUCGCGCCAGAAGGCUCGCGGCGCCAUCGAGUCGGCCUACGGCACCGAGGCGGAAGCCAGCGCCGGCAGCUUUGCCAGCGUGUUCAAGAGCGCCAACAAGACACCCACGGCCGAGAGCAAUGGCCAGCGCAAGGCGCCCAUGCUGGUCCUCACGAGUGCUGAGAAGCGCAAGAACGGCCCCGUCAUGGUCGCCUAA